AUGUCUGGAGGCGAUGAUCUCGACGGGGAGACGGUGGUGGAUGAACCAAGGGGCUCCGUUGUCCCAGAAAAGAAGGAACUGUGCGAGGUUUGCAAAUCCCUAAACCUAGGUGUUGACAAGUUCAUCAUUGAGAAGAAUUUGACCCCGGCAUCUAAAUUCAACAGAUCGGCCUCGUUUGCGGCCGCCAGUAAACUCACCUCGUUCCCACUCAGGUCUGGACGCGCCAAGUUUUGCCUUGGCCGUCUGGGGGAUAUUCAGCGAAGGAGCAGAUCUUGUCCGUUAUGCACGCUCGUCACGAAGUCCUUGCAGGACAUCGCGAAUGGCCUUGUGAACUGCUCCCUUCCGCAUGUUUGCGCGAAGGCUCGAGCGACGCUAGAAAUCGUACGCGAAGACUUCGCAUUCUGCUGGGACAAUGAGAUCCUCAAAGAGUGCGAGUCUUACCUGGUGUUCGUCGCUCCGGAGAACCAUAAUCGGCCAAACUCAGAUGCGCAAACGGUCUGGAGAAAGGACACGCAUUUCCUGAGGCGGACCAUCGAUCCGACGAAGAGCAAGCAAGCCUUGAUUGUGAGUUGGUUGGGAUUAUGCCUCGGACAUCACGGACGUCGAUGCGUGGAGCGCUCCAGCACUGUAUCCCGGUUCCGCGAGAUGCUAGGCGAGUCAUACUUUGGCGUCAUCGACGUUGUGAAUAUGCAGUUGACUGCGCUGCCAUACGAUUUGGAUGGGCCUACCCCCAGAUGGGAGCCCUAUGUUACGCUGAGUUACGUUUGGGGCCGUCCAGAUCCGGAAAAGGGAGGCCCGUACGUGACGAAGCGGUCGAACAUCUUGCUCCACCAGAGCCACGGCGGACUGGAAGACGUUCUCCGCCGGCUACCCCAGGUUAUUCAAGAUGCGAUAAGACUUGUUCAGAAGAUAGGUAUACGAUUCAUCUGGGUUGACAGCAUCUGCAUCGUCCAAGACAGCCCUCGAUCAUGGAAGUUGAACGCACAAAACAUGGACCUGAUCUACGGGAAUGCAAUCAUGACCAUAUGUGCGGCGGACGGAAACGACGCGUCCACUGGGUUGAGAGCCAUGGAACUCGAGAAUUCUCCAAGCCAGCUCACGGAACGUUGCACUCCUGAUGUACGGUUGAUGGUAUCGCGACCUCCGGAGAUUGGUAUCCAAGCAUCUCGUUGGAAUAAACGGGCCUGGACAUUUCAAGAACGUCUGCUUUCACAGCGCUGCCUGAUCUUCACCAACGGGCGCGUCUACUGGCAAUGUCGGUCGACGGACAUAUCCGAGGGUAUCUUUGCGGAUGGCCGAGGUGGAGGAUGGUCACUGAAUUCGAUACACUCUCCCCUGCAGAUGCUAGACGAGCUGAAGAACCGCGCCUUCUGGUUCUACACGAAAUGUGUAUCGCUCUACACUUCUCGGGAACUCACCAGAUCAGGAGAUGUACUAGCUGCAUUUGAGGGUGUCUGCAGCCUCAUCCAAGACCGCCUGCGAGCACCGUUCAUCUUUGGCCUUCCUACCUCUCACCUGGACCUCGCGUUGCUCUGGCAGCCGCGUAGCUCACUCGGACGCCGGAUUGUGAGCGGCGAUGAAAAAUGGAGGGAUCUUGAGUUCCCAAGCUGGGCGUGGUGCGGUUGGACAGGUGCCCAGAUGGACUACCAAGCAGAGAUGGUUGACGGGUGUUUGGAUAACGUCCAUGAGUGGCUGGUCAACCAUACCUGGAUCUGUUGGUACAUCCGUGAUGGCCACGGGGAUUUGAGACCGCUGUGGAACAAGGACGGAUCUGAAGAAGAUCGGAGCACAGAAACACGGUGGAAAGGCUACAGAGCGCGUAAGCACGUUGUGACCGAUGAAUAUUCCGAUUUUGAUGAUGAGGACGUGUACGUCGGUGAUAAUUACAACACACUGAACCUGUCCGGUAAAGAGCGCUGGCUACGUGACAAGCAUCACGAGGCAAUUUCAGGGGGCUGGGCGCUUCAUCAAGAAAGAGUUUUGGAGGGCGAAAGGGAGAGGAGUACGAAGGAGCCAUUUAGAAUUGUAAUGCGCGAAGUCGAAGAGUCAAAACGGGAAGAGAUCAAACGCAUAAAAGAGAGACGCGCAGAAGAGCUUAAGGCCCGCGAAGACUUCGAAAGACACAAAGAGAACGAGGAAGGGAGAGCCUCAUUCAGAUAUAGAGAGAGCGGGGAUGAGGAGAGAAUCAUCGUACGACGUCGUCCCCAGAAGCUAAGCCCGGAAGAGGAGCGGCGCCUUUGGUAUAGGCGUAAUCAGGAGUACGGUGACAAUUCCAGAGACUAUUACGACGACUGGGGCCGCGCGCACUGGAUCGAACUCGACGGCAAGCCGCAGGGCAUGUUCUCCCAAACUACCCCGGAGAACCCGUAUCGCGUCCUGCACGCAGGCUUCACCGCCGAGCCUUAUAGAGAAUUUCCCGAUCAACCGCUCCUGCAGUUCUGGACCUGGAACGUCGGCGAAGGACUCUGUAGAUGCGACAUCGCGGACGCUGCUGGCGAUUGGUGCGGCUCAAUCGUGCUGGACGAGAAGUGGCUCAAGCGAAGUGCCAGAAAGGGGACCAUGUUUGAGUUUAUUGCUCUCUCGGAAGCCAAGGCGUUUAUAGAGGAAGAGUAUCCGGCCUGGAUGUACUACAUCCCGAAGGAGAGGCACGAGUCCGAGUGGAAUGUGUUCUACGUGCUCAUGAUUGAGUACAAUAGGGAGCGUAGCGUCUAUCAGCGCGUGGCGCUUGGGAAAGUUUUCAGAGCGGCCUUUGCCGGCAGUGAGUGGAAGGAAAUUACUUUGGGUUAA